AUGCCUCCUGUUAAGCAUUAUUCUUCUAGUGAAGUGAAUCAGUAUGAAUUAUCAACAAGAUUAUUGUCUCUUACCGAAAAUACCUCUUAUACGUUAACUCAAAUCAAUGGACAACGAAUUUAUAGGAAAGCUACACACGCUUGGACCGGUCCCGAACCCUCGCGAAGUUGUGAGGUGUUCAUCGGUAGGAUCCCGCACGAUUGCUUUGAAGACAGCUUAGUGCCUCUAUUCCAGCAGGCUGGCGAGCUCUUCGAGUUUAGGCUUAUGAUUAACUUCUCUGGAUGGAACAGAGGAUACGCUUUCGCCAUGUACACCACGGAGGCGGAGGCCGGCAAUGCCAUACGCUUGUUCAAUAACUACAUGAUCAGGCCGUCUUGGCAGCUGGGUGUGUGCCCUUCGAUAAACAACUGUCGCAUAUUCAUAUCGCGCAUCCCGCCCACGACGCCGUCCGCCGAGAUAGUGCGGCUCCUGUACGCGCUCACGGACGAGGUACAGGAGGUGCGCAUCCGCCGCGCCGUGGCGUCGUGCGCCGCCAUCGUGGAGUACCGCUCGCACCGCGGCGCCGCCAUGGCGCGCAAGGCGCUGGUGGCCGCCGCCGCCGCCGCGUGGGGCUGCGGCGCGCGCCCCGCCGUCGACUGGUCCUUGCCGCAGUCGCCGCAGCUGCUCAAGCAAUACCGCGAGAUUGGGCGCUGGAGCCCUGAGCGCGGCGUGGAGCUGACGCGUGUACCGGAGGAUUCGCCGGGCGCUUCGCCCUGCAAUGCUUCGUACACUUUGGAGCCCUGGUCGCAGGCUCGUCGGCUCCGCAUGAUACAAGAGGCGCAACGUAACGCCGCCGCCGUAGAAUGGUCGAACCGCAUGUCGAGCGGCCUAGAGUAUCUGUCGGCGUCGAUGGGCUCGCUGUCGGUGGGCGGGCUGCAAGAGCGAGUGUGGGCACCCCCGCCCGCCGCCCCCCGCGCCCCCGCCGUUCCCCCGCCCUGCCCCCCGCCCGGCCCCCCGGCGCGGCCCCUCGUGCCGACACGGGACGACUUCAAUCCCUGGACCGCACCGCAUCCCAUGUACGAGUUCAUACACGGGAAAGAAGCGCGAUAAGUCCAGUUCCAUUAAUUAUAAAAAACUACGAGGUACAUAUGCAGUAU